AUGCUAGAAGAGGCCAGCGCCGCCAGCGACGUCGCCGCCCUCGCCGCCCUCGCCUCCCAACACCCACAGAGCCAGUACAACCGCGCCAAGUAUGGCGAACAUGGUUCACCCGUCCCAUACGCGCCCCUGUCCCUCCAUCUCCCAGAGCAGUUUCGCCAGCUGCGCAUCCGCCAGCGUCUCACUAGCCAGGCGCACCCGUGGUCGCCCGCACUCCCGACAACCCCCGACCAUUUCUUUCCACAUCCGACACUCCCCGACCACCCGCCCCCCGCCGCCCCCAAUCCCGCCCUCAAAAACUCCGUAUCCCAUCCUAUAAACAUCUCCACCAUCGUCCCCCCAGACCUCAUUGCUCUCGUCGCCUCCCAUGCUCUACUCUCUCCCCCGGAUCGACCCACCAUCCUCGACCUUCCUCCCCUCUUUUCCCUGUCGCAUCUUUCCACCUUUCCCGAGUCUACCUCUACCCUGCUCGUCGGUAACUUCUACCUGUCCUCGUGUCCCGGCAAAAAAGGUCUGUUCCGCUCCCCGUCGCUGCCCUCCUGUGCUCAGACAUCCACAGUGCGACUCGACGGCCCUGUCAAGGGAAGAAAUGGUGUCUGUCGCGACCUCGAUACAGACAUGAGACGGAUGCGCGCCCUUGGUGUGCGCUGUAUAGUCUGCUGUUUGGAUGAUGCUGAACUGGAAUUCCUCGGUGUUCCAUGGCAAGAAUACGAACAUGCUGCCAAAAGAAUCGGUCUUGAUGUUCUUCGUUUACCUAUACCUGAAGGCCUGCCGCCUCUGUCCCCAGCAUCCUUAGAUGUUCAUUUAGUUGACCUCAUCCACAGGUAUACUCUCCAAGGCUUUCCGAUACUCGCCCACUGUAGGGGUGGUGUCGGCCGCGCUGGUCUCAUUGCAUGCUGCUGGAUGAUUCGGCUCGGACUCUGUGGCUCUACAAUACCACCUCAGUCCGAGCAUGGUCUUGGCAACUCUUCGCAACAGGUGUUGUCAUUUGUCGAGACCGCCAUCAACAUUGUAAGAGAAAGGCGGAGCCUCAAGGCUAUCGAAACCUAUGAGCAAGUCAAAUUCUUGGUCGACUAUGUGGAAUUCCUUUGGUAUGGAGUACCAACCCCUCAGGAAAUCUAUACCCCCGUCUGA